GUGGGGGACCCAUCACCUCACAUCUUUCUUUCUCCUUCGGUCGGAUUGCAAAAGACUAUAGAGAGAGAGAAGCUGCAAGGAAACAACAGUCUUCUUCAAUGUCGGUUUUCAACUCUAAAAACAACGAAUCAACGAUGGAAGAUGACGAAAAAGAUGAAUCCACGGUGGCUGGUAACUGCCCCCACACCACCGCCUCUCUUUCCCCCCAGAUUUUUUUCUUUACAUAUCUCACUAACAGUUUGUCGGUUACAUCCUCCCCCCUAAACCUUUAUAAACCCUAAACCCCCUCAUCAUCUUCCCCUUAAUCCAUUUUCUUAAGUAAACUCCUUUGAUUAACCACACACCACUCUCAUAAAUUUACUUCGCGUGCCUAAAACCAAUAUAACUUCUAUAUAUUUAUUUCAAAAUGAGGCCAGAGAAAGAUGGUGUUUCCAAACCAACUCCACUCUCCAUACCCAUUUCGACCCGACCCGAAUCCAUACCUCUCCACGUCGACGCAGACGUGACUUCUCCACUGCCGAUGCCGCUGGACAUCCUGCACGGGAACCCAAUCCCGCCGUUUCUUUCCAAAACAUUCGAUUUGGUGGAUGACCCGAGUCUCGACCCGGUCAUAUCUUGGGGACUGACCGGAGCGAGCUUCGUCGUCUGGGACCCCGUGGAGUUCGCCAGAAUCAUUCUCCCGCGGAAUUUCAAACACAACAAUUUCUCCAGCUUCGUCAGACAGCUUAACACUUAUGGAUUCCGGAAGAUUGAUACUGACAAGUGGGAAUUCGCCAACGAGGCUUUCCUUAGAGGACGGAAGCAUCUUCUCAAGAACAUCCACCGUCGCCGUUCGCCACAAUCAAACCAAGCUUGCAGCAGCAACAGCCAGAGCCUAGGGUCGCCUACCGAGGUUGGAGAAGAGCUCGAGAAGCUGAGGAAAGAGCGGCGUGCGUUGAUGGAAGAAAUGGUUGAGCUUCAGCAGCAAAACAGAGGCACUGCUCGACACGUGGACACUGUGAACCAGAGGCUGAAAGCUGCUGAGCAGCGGCAGAAGCAGAUGCUCUCUUUCUUGGCUAAGUUGUUUCAGAACCCAGGUUUCUUGGACCGUCUCAAGAACCUCAAAGGAGAAGGAGGAGGAGGAGCUCUUGGAUUCGGAAAGGCGAGGAAGAAGUUCAUCAAACACUCUCCAACAGAAGGGGAGAUUGUGAAGUAUGAAGCCGAUGAUUGGGAGAGACUGUUAAUGUCCGAGGAAGAGACUGAGAACGUUCCACUCUCGAGCCAAGGGAUGAUGACUUCAACCGAUCCAAAAGGCAAGAACCUGAUGAAUCCAUCAGAAGAAGAAGAAGAAGAAGAGAUGAUGAAUCAAGAUUACUUAAUGUCUUUCCCAGCUCCUCCCGAAGGAGUUAUCAAACAAGAAGAGACGACGUGGAGUAUGGGUUUCGACACUACAACAAUACCUAGUUUCAGCAACGAAGAUGUGUGGGGAAACACAAUGGACUAUAAUGUCUCGGAGUUUGGUUCUGUUGCAGAAACAACAAGUGGUGGUUGUUUACCUGAUGUCUGUUGGGAACAGUUUGCUGCAGGGAUGACAGAGACUGGAUUCAACUGGCCACCUGGUGAUGAUACUACUCCAAUGGAUGAUCAUUGAGACCUUUCAUUAUAUAUAUAUUUUAGACCAAAACCCGUUUAUUACCGGGUGAACUAUUAAUUGAUUGAUUGUUUAUUUUGAGAUGCACCUUUAUACAUAUAUAAAUAAUGAUUUUGCACUUCUUAUUUCAGAA